UGAAUACGGUUCGUUUUGUUCUUCGAUCGAAGUUCAACACACACAAUUCAAUAGCGUGAGUAGAUCGUAUGUUUCUAUUUACCUUGGAUGCGAAAAAAUUACUACGACAGAAUUCAAAGACUCGAAGUGUUUUUUUUUUGUGUACUCUUCAUGUUUGCAUUUGUUUUCUUUCUACGAAAUAAACUUUUUCUCGUGUCAAUGAAUGCAAUGGACUGGUAUGCGAUUUAAUGCUUGUUUUUCUGCACGCGGUUUUCUUCAAUUCUUUUUUUUCGCUUUGUUGUUGUUGUUCAUUCAUUUUCGCUGAAGCUGUGAAUUUCGUGCAUUUGUGAAUCGAACUGCUACAAAAGUGAAUUCCUUUCGUGUUCAGUAGACUAGAUAGAAAUAUAUAAUUGGAAGAAGUGAGACAGCAACACAAAAAAAAAACCAGUGAAACCAUUCGCGGUGCAUGAAUCAUUUGAGCGAGAGGGUUAAAACCAAUUCUACGAAGUCAAAAACAAGUUGAGAAUCGGUCGACCCAAACCGAACAGUUGAAUGUGUUUGUGUGCGAGUUCUCGAGACUCGAAUUUUGAGACUUUGAGAUUUAUCGAUUUCGUUUGUGUUAAUCGAAUAAAACAAGCCAUUGAAUAUGUGAAUUGGCAAUUGUUCUAGAUUUAUGUGUAAAGACUAAUACCACACAUCGUGUGUGACAACAACGUGAGCUCGAAAAAUUUGUUCGAAUCUAUUUUGGAGUGAAAAUACCAAUUUUGGAGGUUUCUGGUUUGUUCACCGCUCUCGGUUUCGGUCGUGUUAUAUGCCUGCGUAACCUGCAAAAGACACUGCUAUUUUUUUGAGGGCAUAUCAUCCGUACAUUGGGAGCACACACAGUGAGUGUUUUGCUUAGAAAAACCGCUGUGCCGAGACUACAUAAAAACCGAUCGACCUUGUGAAUUCAGUGAACAGACUAUUAGCAACGAGUGAUUGUUUAUGCUGUUGAAAAUUAUAAUUAUGAGUGAAGUAAAAAGCGUUCAUUAGAUCUUCAGAGAUUCAUUGAUACUUUGCACCAAAAACCGAAUAUUCAGAUAAAAUACACGCAGUUUACAGUGUUGUUCCGCAAAAUGAACUAAGCAGAGCUCAUCAAAAGAAUAUAAACAUAAUUAAUUUGACAGCAUCAGACGCUGGGUAAAUGUACAAGAAAUUUGGUUCAUCCCAGAAUAUAAACGGAACGUUGUGUAUGACAAGCGUGUAACCGAACGUGUAUCCAAAAAGUAUAUCCGAGAGAAAGGAAGGAAAAAAGUGAUGAAAGAGAUUAUAAACACCGAAAAAUUAGAAGAGACGCGUCGUGGAUAAUGAAAACCGUAUAAAAAUAACGAAGCAAAAGCAACAGAAAAAAAAUCGUGAGAAUAAAUUAAGUGACGAUUUUGUUGUGUCAUCAUUUAGAUUUAUUGCUCAAAUUAAAACUGAGAGAAAGAGGAAUAAAUAAAAACAGGAAAAAAGAAUAUAAGUCGCCGCUCUGUUUACCCGUCACAAACAAUAUACAUUAUAUUACAGCAAGUGAAACAGUGAAUGUAUUGUCGGUGUGGAUAGAGAGAAACAGACACUCAACUCAGUCGUCAACGGUGUAUUAAAUAAACGAAUUUUCCACCAAAUCGCCGGGAGGAAACGGAGGACGCAAAUGGAAAUCGGAUUAUGCAUUUCAGCGAAAAUGUUAACGUAUGAACGACGACGACAACGAUAACGACAAGCACAGCGAUCAGCGUACAAAUUUCAAAUCAAAAACAUCCAAAUGCAAUGCAAUGUAUAUACGAGGUAGUAGAUGAGAGAACCGAGCCAGAUCGGUCAUCAAAAAAGAAGCAGCAGCAGCAGCAUCAGUUGUUCGCCUUCGAUACAUUUAUCUCAGUGUCGUCAUCAUCAUCAUCACACCAUCGUCGAUGAUAUCGUUAUUGUGGUGGUUUGGCUAUGUGCUCGUAUUGGCUGCUGCCAUCGCCAAAAUUGGAGCUCAAAAUGUGCAAUUGUCAGCGUUUAAGGAUACAUCGUCAUCAUUGCCGGCGGAAGCUCAGGCGAUCAAAUCAUGCGGCGGCAUGCUUACAGCAACACAAGGUGUCAUCCAAACACCAAACUUUCCAGACAAAUUUCCCGUGCCGAUCCAAUGUACGUGGGUCAUUGAUGCAUCGGCGAUUAAUAAGAAUAAUGUUUCAAUAAUUGUCUACGUCACACAACAGUAUCUGUUGAGCGGUUUAAAGUUCACCGAAUACGAUUACUACAGCGAUGACAUAAAAGUGAAAAGUGAACAUGCACCGUUCGAGCUGAAUGAGCAAACGGUCACGCAAACGGUGACCGUUCAGUUCUACAGUCAGUAUCUCGAAAUCAAAUUCACCAUGGACAAUCUAUAUGGAACACAUUUGCGAGCAUUAGACCGUUUGCUCGAUGUGUACGGUUUCAAUAUCACAUACGAGAUGGACGGUGUCGUUAAGCCAAAACCAUGCACUGCCCUUCUGUGCCGAUAUCUAGGCCAUUGCUAUGCAACCAGCGAUUUCUCGUCGUAUUACUGCUCAUGCUUUCCGGGCCACAGCGGAGACGAUUGCGGCGUGGGGCCUUUAUGCCAUGAUGGAGACAAGGACUUUUGCGAAAAUGGCGGAGUUUGCAAACAAAUUGGAGACGCAGGUGUUACAUGUAUUUGUCCGAAAGGAUUCAAAGGCAAGAAGUGUCAAAUACCGGAAGACGAGGACAUAAAUGGUUGUUUUUCCGACGAAAAAGACUGUGAUAGUCAAUGCCAUUUCAACGGACCCGAACAGGAUUUCUGCAAAUGUACCCAAAGCACUUCCAUAUCAAAUCGUGAACGCGCCAGAUACGAGGCAACCGUACGCUUGGGAAAUGCAUCACAGUUUUCGCAGAGCGACAAUCGAAACGAUAGACGACGAAUGAACGAGCAUCUACCAACUGUUCUCGAGAAGCAUGUGAGUCGAUUUUUGCGAAGCUCAAACAUUACACGGAUCAACGAUUUGGAGGUGGUCGCCACAUCUACAUCGAAUAUGGGUAUGAAAAUUCAAUUUUUCGGAGCGAAACAAGACGCAAAGCGUGUACGCGACGCGCUUUAUAAAAUGGUCGAACGUGGCCGAGUGGCCAAUAUCACACUGGUACCGUCAUCACUCGCAUUCCGCGAAGAAGCUGUUCUCCAAAUCGAGUCGGUUAGUAUAAAUUACAAAUCGGCCGUUCGGCACAGUGACGAAUUCAUUUUAUCGUGCGAGGCGAGAGGAUCAGCAAAAAUGGUUUUUCGAUGGUAUAAAAAUGGUGUCUAUGUCAAUCAAACCAAAGCUACCAGGAAAAUAUGGUCACGCGUAUACGAGAAUUCACAGUCGAAAGAUCACUACACAGCAUUGCUAGGAGUUCCGCGCGCCACUCGACUCGACGAGGGAGUCUACACGUGCCAGGUUUCUGAUUAUGGUAUGCAGCAAUGCCGUUCAACCGUUGUACACGUACUGUCACGACCAGAGCUUCGACUUGAUCCGCCCAGUGCAACCGUUUACCGUGGCGCUUCGGUUCGUAUUCGAUGCUUGUCGAGCGAUAUUGAUCAAAGCAAUGGCUACAGCUGGACCAAAAACAACGCGCUCUUCCAAUCGGAUGCAGAAACCGAAUUAUGGGAAGAUUUAUACCCCGAUGGGAGUAUAUUGAAAAUAAAUAAUAUUCAGAAAUCGGCAAACUACACAUGCGUUUCGUCCAAUGCAGUGGGUCAAGUGUCGAAGAGUGUUUAUGUGUAUGUGGUUGAUCGUGGAACCAUUGAAUUAUGUGCGAACGAGACAUCGUUCGGUGUUAAUUGGCCAGCCAGUUCGCCCGGCUCGCCGAUUCUGGCCGAAUGCCCAAAACGAUAUGAGGGUCAAUCGCAACGCAUAUGUGAACUAAGAGAUUUCGGCAAACCGGCCUGGCUUACGCCAAACUUUUCGGGAUGCUUAGCAGACACAUUAGUGGAUGUAUAUAAUGAGUUUCGAGGUCUUACUUUUGGUUAUCAAAAAACCAAUGGAUCAGCUGUGCUGAAAUCGUGUUUGGAAUAUGCGAUGAGCCGACAUACAAAUUUCCUUCCGGGCGAAGCUGGUUUUCUACUGAAAUUACUCCAAGAGGUCGAUGAAUAUUUAACGGAACGCGGAAGUGAAGUGGAGCAAGAGGUCGCGGCCGAUAUAACGCUACAGAUUUUGGACGUUGUGCUGAAAAGCGAGCACUCACUGAACAGUCAACAGCAAGUGGAGGAUUUGCAGGAGCUCGUCAAAUCAGCAACUCUGAAACGGGAGCUGAUCACAUCACCAGUUCCAGUGCCAGCACCGUCAACAUCACUGCAGUACCACCAAACGGGAUCGUUUUGGACGCAUAAACAACGCAUCAAAUCAUUACCGUUUAAUGCACAGCUCUAUGGUGACCAUCUAUUUUCGGACGAACUCUACAUGGAGAUGGCACUAACAUCACAGCUACAGGAAAUUGUAGCUAACGGCUCAAUGGUAUUAUCCGUCAUCUCGUACAAAAAUCUCACCAAUUUUCUGCCCCGAAUGUAUUUCGAGCGCAAUACGCACACACCGGAUGUUGAUUAUAUGACGGCGUCACGUGUAAUUGCUUCGUGGUUGGUUUAUGCAAAUCGUACGCUAAACGAAGCAAUCGUACCAGCAUCGCAAUUGCUUCAUCUGCCGAUGACAGCGGCCCACGUACAAAUUACAUUUCAACAUGAAAAUCCAACGGAUUCCGAUUGGAUCCCAGUCUGUGGAUACGAUUUGCAAGCUACUUACAAAACAACAUGGAACACCGAUUUGUGCAUUACCGAAAAUUUAAUGGACAACGUAACGCGAUGCAUAUGCCCACUGUCCGGAACUUAUGUCGUUCUAAUGGCAAAAAGAAAUUAUAACUCGACAACGGUACGAAGUCAACAGCACCCUAUGUUCGUUGUUGUCAGCUGCGGAUGUUGCUUCCUUCAGUCAUGCAUUGCGUUUGGCAUUUUACUACCCAUUUUAUACAGUCGCAAAUGUUCGGUGACAUUCUUGAAAAUGCAAUUUUGCACUGCCACAUCAACGGCGAUGGCGAUAUUCGCAUUGGGGUUUUUGAAAUUUUUACCACAACACUGGUAUGGCGUCAUUAGUUCAACAUUGGGCGGAAUUUUGUUGUUAGGCUCGUCAACAUUGAUUGCCAUAACGAUGGUCAUCGACUCAGAGUUGGGUCCACGAAAAAGUCCAACCGCGCAUUUAUCGUCCGGUAUGCGUGGUGCUAUUGGUCUCAGUUGGUUUAUGCCCAUUUUGUAUGCGAUCACCACAUUACUCAUAUACACGGUGAUGGACGAAUGGCCACUCAACUGGUGGAUGACAGUGAAUACGAUCGGUUUCGCAUUGUUUGUCAUCAUCGAAACUCUAUUUGUGAUAUUAUUUUCGUUAUUAUUCUAUACAUUGGUGCAUAAGCUCAGCUAUUUAGCCAAAAAACAUGACAAACACGGGAUCCUCAUAACAAAACGAAUUGGACUCGUCUAUCGAAUCACAUGUCUUCUAGUAUUAAAAAUAUCAACGGAUAUUCUGUAUUUAAUGUAUUCCAAUUCCAAUGAAAUUUUAUUUAGCUAUAUUUUCGGUGCACUGUGUAUCUGUUUGGGUUUCACUUUACUGUUUUGCUUUGUUAUAAAAGCUGAAACGAAACUGAAAUCGGAUGCACUGAACAAAAGUAACAGCAAACAAAUUAUCGAAGACUAUUGUUCGGGAUCAAUCAAUAGUCCUCUGAACUUUUAUACAAAUCAUGAAAUAGAAAAGGAGAAUGAUUGUUCAGUGCCAUCGACACAAUCAUCAACAAAGAAAUUACCGUUAGCAAUAACAACGCGACGAUAUCCAUUGGAUCGCUUACAAACGACAACAAAUAUUACUGAUCCGUACAUAACAACUGGUGGUUUAUGUGAAACAACAUUUUUAGAAUUAAACGAUCCGUCGGCCAAUUUAGAUGUAAAUUUUAUCGAAUUCAAACAACAUCCAAAUCAGCAACAGCAACAGCUUCAGCACCACCAACAACAGCAGCAGCAACAGACGCUAUCGAACCAACCAUCACAGUAUCCAUCGCUGUUGGAUGCCAACGGCUAUGAAAUGGAAAUCGUACCAACGGAUUUAAGUUUAUAUGGCAGCAGUUGUAAGCCAUCACAAGGAAAAUGCUAUUUAAGCGAUACUAACGAUUUCGUUGGUGUUGGCAGUUUAGACAUUUUACAAGGCGUAAGACAAGAUAGCGUAAUAGGCAUCCGUAGUAAUUAUAAUGUGAACGAUCAAAUGGUUAAUCCCGAUAUAAAUGGCAGCAAUUUAUCAACGUUGGCUCCAUCCACAUCGAAUGUGACGGUCGGCGAUGGUGGCAGUGGUUUGCAUUCGUAUGUCAAUCAAAAUCAAUUGCUAUUCGAUAAGAAUCAUGAGAAAUCGGGCCAAAAGAUAUUAGAGUCAGCGAAUGUACAUGCGGUCGAUCCGCAACCAUCAAGCACAGCUAAGCUAACGGUCAACGCGCCACCAACGAUAACCGUCACGCCAACUGACGAUACGGACAAAACUAUUGACGGCAUGCUCGACCGAAUCUCACACGAUUUGGAUUAUCUGUUGAAUCGCAUGGCUGAAAUUCCACCCGCACCGCCACCACCCGCAUCAACCGCUCCAGCACAACCGCCACCACCACCGUUGCUAGCGCACAAUUUAAGCGUGCACGAAGUCAUUCUCGAAGAAGAAGCCGAAGAUUUGUAAUCAACGACAUCAAAUCGAAAUAACUAAAACUGUACAGAUUUCGUUUUUCCUUUCUUUUCGGUUUCAGGUUAGUGUUUUUUCUAUUGAAAACAUUCAACAAUGUUCAUAUUUUUUUCUGUUCCGUAUCGUCCACAUCCAAGUGGGUGAAUCGAUCAUUUAACAUUUAGAUAGGAUUAUUCUAAUUGAAUUUAUUCCGAUACACUGAAAAAAAAGAUAGCGAAAACAAUUUCCAAUUUCCAGAUUGAAUGUAUAAAAUACCACUACCUUAUUCGUUAAGUGAAGCAAGGAGAGAAAGACCAUACCAUUUCCAUAAUACUAAUCCAAACGAAUUUUUUUCCCUUUUAAUUUGGAGUUAUAUUCUAUAGUAAGGCUAUAUCAUUGAUAUCAAAGUUAACAUGAACAAACACACAUACUUUUCCGUUGGCAUUUCGCCACAUCUCAUCUAACCCCUCUUUUUAAUAUAUCCAAUCAAAGUUUUCAAUAUUUAAAACCAAUACGCUCAAACUGUUGAUUUUGAUUUUUUCUGUUCAAGUUUUGUUUUUUUGCUUUUAUUUUAAAAAAAAAUACUUUAUCAAAGUGAUGAUCUGGUUUCUGUCUCUGAGUUUUAUUGGCCAGCGGCAAAAAUAAAAUUGAAUUGGAGAAAAUGAAUGAAUAAUAAUGGAAAUGAUUGAAAAAACAACCAAAUGAUUCAAACAUUGACCACAUUAAUACCCACUAGGAAUUAAAUUUGUGAUUUAUUUGUUGUUCUCUUUAUAAUUUUUUUUAUUGCAUUUAUAAGAGUAAUUGAAUCCAAUCAAACGCUUCAUUGCAGACGGAAGCAUCAAAUUGAUUCGAUCCAUUUAUCAAUUAUAUUUUUUCGGUUACGGUUACAAAUCAAUGUAUCGCAUAAGAUGAGCGUUAUUUGCGCAUAAUUUGGACAACGCAAAAAAUAUAUGUACAGUCGACACUUGGGAACCCAAAAUCAAUCCCCCAAUGACUUGAUUCUCUUCAACGAGUUCAGUGUUCAAUGAAUAUUGCCCAUAGUGUGUUUGAAAUAUCGAUAUAUGUGUAUAGAUACUAUCGACUGUUUUUUCGAUGAAUGGAAAUUAAUUUGAGCUCUCUUUGAGCUUUGCUUUGUUUUAUCAUUAAAUUUCAUGCAAACGAUACCCAGACUACAUGGUAAAAAAUUGGGUUCAUAUAAAAAAAAACGAAAUUGUAACAAAUUGGUUUUGAAUCACCAUUUUCUCGUUCUUAAAAAUGACAGCAUCACUUCAUUGAAAGUAUGAUGUUUUAUGUUUUUCCAUAAUUUUCGAUGGACAGAUGCGAUACUAUCAAUUAGGUCAAAACUCUUAACUCAAGAGUAACUACAAGUCCAAAUUUCUGUUUGACCAAAACAGCCAAUUUAAAAAAAUACACAUUUUUUGUGAUUUGUUCUAAUCACCUAAUGCAAGUACAUAAGUCGAUACAAAUCUCCAGUAGAAACAUCAUAACAUCAUAGUAUUAUUAUUCUAAAAACCUAUCAAAACUCAACGAUUUUUUUAUUUGUUUUCUAACACCAAUUGUUUUUUAAAAGAGUUUUUUAUUUUUUUUUUUGUAAAUGAAAUGAUUGUAUUUAUCAACGUUAAUAUUGUAAAUAAACUCUAUCAAAAGAAGAAGAAGAAGAAGAUGGAAAAUGAAUUGAUAUGAAAAUAGCCAAAAACCAAAUCGAUGUAAUUAAAACACAAUCAAAUGUAAGAGAUGCGCAGAACAAAAGACAAAACCAACCAAAAAACAAACAAAAUGUUUAAUGUUUAUACAUAUUGUAUCAUUUCUAUGUUCCAAUUUAAAUGUUAAGGACUACAAAUUCCAUUAGCUUAGGAAUUAAACGAAUGAACAAGGAAAGUAUGAAAUAAGAGAGAAAAUGUUGAGUUACGAGAAAAAACGAUGAAAAUCAAACAUAAAAAAAUUGAACAUUUACUAAAUAUGACAGCAACAUCAAUCUAUCGACUAAUCGAAAGAACAUUUCUAGCCAUAAUUCUUGAGUGUUUCUUGUGUAAAAUAUACAUCUUUUUCCAAAAAUGAACAUAAAAUUUUCGAUCAACAUUCUUUAGAAAUAA